GCUCUUAUCAUGGAUAAAAAUGUAACACAAGCUUCUUACAACCCACAGAUUUGAUCAAUACCAAACCUUAAGACAAAAAGGAGCUUAAGGGUUAUGGGGAGGGGUAAGAUUGUGAUCCGGCGGAUCGAUAAUUCGACAAGUAGGCAAGUGACUUUUUCAAAGCGUAGAAAGGGUUUGAUUAAGAAGGCAAAGGAGUUGGCAAUUUUGUGUGAUGCAGAAGUAGGACUUAUGAUCUACUCAAGCACCGGAAAGCUAUUUGAAUUUUCAAGCAACAGCAUGAAAUCAGUGAUAGAGAGAUACAACAAAUCAAAGGAGGGGCAUGAACAACUGCUUAACCCAGCAUCAGAAAUGAAGUUUUGGCAAAGGGAGGUAGCCAACUUAAGGCAACAACUGCAGAGCUUGAAAGAACAGCAUCGGCAGUGCAUGGGAGAACAGCUUUGUGGCUUGAGUGUCAAAGAACUGAAGGGUCUAGAAAGUCAAUUAGAAAUGAGUCUGCAGGGUAUUCGUAUGCAAAAGGAACAAAUAUUAACUGAUGAAAUAGAAGAGCUCAAUGAAAAGAGCAAUCUUGUUCAUCAACAAAACAUGGAACUCUUUAACAAGGUUUAUGGCACAACUGCUGUGAAUUCACAGAGCAGAAAUGCCUGCAUUCCCUAUGGCAUGAGCAUAAGUGAUGAUUCGCAUGUCCCGAACCAGCUUCAGCUGCGCCGGCCCAACCAACAAACUUAACAUACACCACAAAGAGCAAUCAAAACGGCAGCAGUCUAUAUAUCAAAGGAGUAUCUGAGGAUCGUGGACAAAUGUUAGCAGACUUGCCCUAAACAAAAUACCUUACAACCCAAGUGUAUAAUGUAAAACUUUUUUUCUUCUUCUUUUCGCUGGAGAGCAUAGAUUGUUAAAAGUUCUAGCUACGUUGCUUAUGUGCUCUGGUGGGAUUGUCUUGUUUUUUUCUUCUUCUUUUUAUCGGCCUGUUGGGCUUGCCUAUUAUGGCUAUUUUAAUUGUUGGGUUUUACCUCC